AUGAUCCCUGCAGAAUCCAAUGCUGUACAAGCGAAACUCGCUAAAACCUUACAAAGAUUCCAAAGUAAGAUCAAAGCUGGAGAUUAUUACGAAGCGCAUCAAACGUUGAGAACUAUUGCUAAUAGAUAUGUUAGGAGUAAAUCAUACGAACAUGCCAUAGAACUAAUUAGCCAAGGUGCCCUGUCAUUUUUAAAAGCGAAGCAAGGCGGUUCGGGCACGGACUUGAUCUUCUAUCUUUUAGAAGUUUAUGAUUUAGCGGAGGUUAAAGUUGAUGACGCCUCAGUUGCUAGAUUGGUUAGAUUGAUAGCCGAAUUGGAUCCUAGCGAGCCCAAUCUAAAGGACGUUAUUACUGGUAUGAACAAUUGGUCCAUCAAAUUCAGUGAAUACAAGUUUGGAGAUCCUUACUUGCACAAUACUAUUGGUAACAAACUAUUGGAGGGUGGUUUUGUUUAUGAAGCUGAGAGAUAUUUUAUGUUAGGUACACAUGAUUCAAUGAUCAAAUAUGUUGAUUUGUUAUGGGACUGGCUAUGCCAAGUGGAUGAUGUCGAGGAUAGCACAGUGGCAGAGUUUUUCAGUAGAUUGGUUUUCAACUAUUUAUUCAUUUGUAACAUAUCAUUUGCACAUGAAUCAAAAGAUAUUUUCUUAAAAAGAUUUAUUGAGAAAUUUCACCCCAAGUACGAAAAAAUUGAUAAAAAUGGUUAUGAAAUACUUUUCUUUGCAGAUUAUUCUGAUCUAAAUUUUUUGCAAUUGUUGCUAAUUACAUGUCAGACUAAGGAUAAGAGCUAUUUCUUAAAUUUGAAGAACCAUUAUUUAGAUUUUUCUCAAACAUACAAGAGUGAAUUAGAAUUCCUAGGCCAAGAAUAUUUCAAUAUCGUUGCUCCUAAACAAACGAAUUUCCUACAAGACAUGAUGUCAGGAUUCCUGGGUGGAUCGAAAUGA